AUGCUCACCGAAUUCGAACUGUGUUUUGACUCUCUCACUCGGCCGCUCACUGUCAAUGAGCUUAUUGAAGCCCAUGCAGUCGAUCUUGGUGCAUCACCGCACCUUGAUGGUGGCCAAUUGUCGGAACAAGUUAAUAUUAUUGAUAUCUGCCUUGGACUUGUGGAGAUUGAAGAGAAGGGGGAUAAAACUGAACAAAACACCUCGAUUGCUCGCAUCGCUCUUUUCUCUGUCCAGAAAUAUCUUCAAACUGAACGCACCCAACUGCAGAAAGCAAAGUAUUUCGCUAUUCAUAGUGGCCCUGCAGAUGCAUAA